UGGCGGGGGGGCAGUAAUGGCAGCGUGGUGUAAUGCGAUCGCCCCGGGCAACGGAUCCAGCGGUCGGUGACUUCGGCGGGUUGGGUAAGCUCGCUGACGAGCGCGCUGGUGGACGGAACGGAGUUGCUGCCGGACCCGCCGCCGCCGGGCGACGGGCGGUCGGACGGGGCGAUCAUGACGUUCGUCAUGUCAUUUUCGCAAGGCUUCCGGUUCGCGGUGCUUCUCAUCUGUGUGGUAGCUUUUCUGGUGCUGGUAAGUUCAUUGCACUUAUACGACCACGGAUCUUAGUCAUGCGAUAGCAUAGUCGUGAAAUCCUACGGAACAGCGCGUUUAAAUGCUGCUCAUAUCCUUGCAUUUGCUUCAGUUUCUAGACAAGGGUUGUAAUUUGAGAAGGAAUAGAGAAAAUAAAGGGAGAAAGUCCCGUUCCUCGCCCCCUGAACCAGGCUUAUGUAUAGGGUAAAGCGAAGUCUUAAAUCGUCCUAACUCAUUACCCUUUCCCUGUUCCCAUCCUAGCAGCGUCGCGCUCUCCGGUGCGAACAAUGCCGGAAACGAAUCCGGAUCCUUUCACCGUUUCAUCAUGACAUUUGUUAAGUUGUUUGACAUUUCCAUGCCAGUAGCGGCGGAACACCUUAAAUUAAGGGGGGGGGGGCACUGCCGACUUUUGGUCCCAUUCUUUCCAUGCAACGCCCAUAGGGCUAAUGUUAAAAUGCCAAAAUCAAAGGGGGGCAUGGUGCCCUGGUGCCCUCCCCGUUCUGCCGCCUAUGUUCCAUGCGUACGGCACAUGUUUUAUUACGGUGGCGAUAAUCACGUCACUGUUCACAGAGCAGUGUCAGCCUGACCAAGUUCAUACGCGCCGAUGUUGUUCGCUCCUUCGAAGUGGACGAGAGCGCCCAACAGACGUUCGCUCUCAUACUGUGCAAAAUACAGGAAAACAUUUUCAAACCCGAUGUCUACAAGGCGAUCACUGGGAAGGAAUAUCGGGAGGAUAACGAUCCGAUGCUUCCAUUUGCUGACAACUUCCCCUUCGGAGAAAUUGAUGUCGAUGCUGCUCUUUGGAACCUGACUUAUAGCUUCGAUGACAUCUUCGACAUUUGCGCAAGCUUCUACAACAAACCGUGUGAUCAGCGGGACAUAUCCAGUCACCUCUACCACUACGGCGGGCAGUGUCACACUCUCCGGUAUGACAACUCGCUGGCCGAGGGCCGGCAGCGGGGCCUCAUGCUGCAGCUCAAACCUCAGCACUGCGAAAACUGCUCCGAUCUGCACUGGGUCAUGUACGUCUUCUCGGCAAAGGAAGAGUAUCUCGACUGGGAGCACGUCUGGGCACCAACUCGAAUCUACCUGCAGAAGGACACUGCGCAGACGUUCAAGGUGACCAGGACACUGGAAAAGAGGCUGUCCACUCCAGAGAAGCCCUGCAACGGCGAUCAGGGGUACACCCAGGCAAAGUGUAUUCGGGAGUGUCUAUCGUCGGAGAUGGCCCAGCUGGGGGCCGGCUGUCGGCUCCCCUGGCACGACUCAUCACAGCCCUUCUGCAACAAUCGCUCAGACUACGAGGAGCUGCUGCGCUACUCGCGUAUGGUUUCACGAGCCUAUGUUGUUUGGGAAUACGACUACCAAGAGUUGCGCGAAAACCAUUACUAUAAGACAGUAAACAGUUUCAAGAAGGUAUGCAAAAGUCGGUGCAUGCGGGAAUGCGAUCGAGACCACGUGACGGUCACCCUGGUAGACCGGGCUCGCAGCGACCGGACCUUUAUCACCCUGAGCAUCAAUGACGGACUGUAUGUGUCGUCUCAGCGCAGAGCUUACGAUCUUCAGCAGAUGAUGUCGGAUAUCGGAGGCAACCUGGGACUGCUGCUGGGAGCAUCAAUUUUCACCCUGUUUGAGAUGGUCGAGAACGCCGCACGCCACCUAUGGGAGCGUCGCAAACGUCGGAAGGCCAAAGUCAGCCAGGUUACCACUUCAGCAAUUCGCACAGAUGCUUUUGGGACGGAUGUCAAGCUGAGGAAAAAUCAUGCAAGUGGCUUUUCGGAUAAGGAGAUGACUCUUUCGGACGUAUCUUAGCUGCCAAACUUCAGCUUGUGGCUUAAAGCAAAGCAACAUUGUUAUCAUGAUUGUCGUCGCGAUGUCUUUUGGUUUAAAUUGCAUGCGUACGAGAUGUUGAUGAGUUUGGAACAAUUGAUCAGCAAGUUAAGAAUUAAGAUAAGUAAGAUGUGGCAGAAUGGAAUGAUUAGCGACGCCUCGCUGAUCAAUGCCUGCUACCAUUUCAUGCUAUCAAUGAAACCAGACAUCUGCCAAUACUCUGGCGUCUUGAUUGUCUAAUAGAUUGAUUGAUUUGUUACUGGAUGGCUGGAUUCGAACGGUUGCAUCUAUUUUGUCGAAGAAGCCUGCACGUGUUUCUCAGUUAAAAUACACGGGAAAUG